CACUCUAAUUCGAACACCCUAAUUCAAGCACCCUAAUUCGAGCAACCUUAUUCGAGCACCCUAAUUCGAGCAAUAGUUACCAACUUAGCCAGACUAAACUAUUUCCCGUUAAAAGAUUAUAAAAGCCGUCGUUCCCACCACGCGUUCUCUUCUCUUUUCGUUCUCAUCCGCUAGUGGACGUGCUCCCGUAACUGCGUAACCCGUGAUAAAAAACAUUGUAAAAAAUUGUAUUUUGUGACAUCUUGGGAAAUCCAAAUAAAAAAGUGGUCUACCCACGAGGUAGCCAAAACUGGUGACCCCGACGUGAUUCCCGAGAUUCCCCGAUCGACAGAUUCAUCAUCGGCCCGCUUUCGCCUUUCCACGCUACGCGGUUCCCGUUCGCCCAGGUCCGUCAACGCCGCGAGUAAAAUCGGUACGUGUAGUGUGUGUAACAAGCGUCGCCGAGUGUCGUGCUUUUUUUUUUCGCAAGGACAAAAACCGUGUUCGAUCGUGUUUCCGCGCGUGCAUAAAAGUGUCGCGAGUGCCCUUCACGCCCGCGUGUGCAUAAUCGUCGCGUGUGUCCUACACGCCCGCGUGUGCAUAACCAUCGCGAGUGCCCUACACGCCCGUGUGUGCGUAAUCGUCGCGUGUGUCCUUCACGUCCGCGUGUGCGUAAGUGUCGCGAGUGUCCCGUCCCGAGUGCAUUGUUCUCUAUACGCACCGACGUGUUUCCCUUGCAUCGUGAACCCGCAUCGCUACAGAGGAUCGAGCCGCGGGUUACAUCGCCGUCCCCAAAGAGAAGGAAGAGCAACGAUCCCAUCGUUCCAGCCCGGACAAAAGAAAGCGCUCCUUGUAAAGCCGUUGACUGCCGCCAUUUUGCACGUUCGACGCCAUUGACAGCCGCCAUUUUUGUCUCGCUGAAGUAAGCCCAACUCCCGACUACCACGUCACUUCUUUUGUUCUCGCUUCUCGUGAAACCACGUGCUCGCAAGCGAAUAAAAGAUGAUGCAACAUAGUCCAGAACGUCAACCCGCUCCCCAAGCGGCAACGCACGAUGCACCUCCGGUGAACACGGAGAGAACUGGCACGUCCCAAGCAACAAAUGCCAUGACAGCAGCAGAAACGGCAAGUGAUCCUCGAGUGGAAGCAGCACAGGCCGUUCGACUGAGUGUACCCGAAAUGGACCUGCACAAUUUGCCUGCGUACUUUUGUGCACUGGAGCAUUGGUUCGUCGCGACCGGAAUCACCGCCAAAAUGGACCAUAAGCGCUACCACGUAUUGAUGGCCCAAAUUCCUCUUCGAGUGUAUAACGAGAUCCAGCCGAUAAUCGAGAAUGUACCUGCGACGGAACGGUACAAUUACAUCAAGCGGGACAUCCUCCAGCAUUUCGGGGAAUCUCAGCGCAGCCGCCUCCAUCGUCUCCUAUACGGCAUGGACUUAGGGGACCGCAAGCCAUCCCAGCUGCUAGCUGAAAUGCACCGAGCCUCCAGCGACACGUUGGCCAGUACGCUCCUCACCGACCUUUGGAUCAACAAGCUUCCGCCACAUGUGCAAUCGGCCGUCGUUGCUGCACCCGGAAGUGUAACUGAGAAAGCUGCUGUCGCCGAUACGAUGGUGGAGUGCCUGUCCGCAUCCAACAACGCCAGUGUGCACCAUGCCGUAGCCGGGGUGCGCACCACACCAAACGAUUUCGAGCAACGCAUUUCGCGCCAGGUGGACGAACUCACACAGCAACUUAACGACUUCAUCACAGAGUGUCGUAACCGUGAACAACGCCAAAGUCGACCGCGCCCACGUCCACCAGUGUCAUCUCGUGUCGGUACAGAACCAUCUGAAGGAGAGUGCUACUACCAUCGACGUUACGGAACAGCCGCCCGGACCUGCCGCCAGCCCUGUUCGUUUCCAGCCCCUGUCAGCCAGCGCGUCGGCCAGCCGUCGUCUUCAGCCUGAGGAUACGCUGGAGAUAUCGGAUCGCAGGUGGCUACCAUCUCACCUGUGAGCAGUCGGUUGAUGGUGAUCGACCGACGAACCAACCAGCGUUACCUGAUCGAUACUGGUGCCGAUGUCUCCGUGUUACCGAAGCCAGCCAACUACACCCCCCCGACGCCGUCCACCAUGCGACUGUUUGCAGCCAACGGUACUCCGAUCAUGGUAUUUGUAGACCUUCGACAGCGCUGUUUGGUGGAUGCCCAAACCAACCUACGUGUGCCAGGACUUCCGGAUACCACUCGACAAACCGCCGUCAAGGUAUGUGACGCAAAUUCACCGAUGGCCGACCUGCUCAACGAGUUUCCUACACUCAUCACAAACUCACCGGGUGUGCGGAUGCAAUCCGAGGUGGUACAUCGUAUCGAAACAACGGGUCCUCCAACUUUCGCCCGUUCGCGUCGUCUUCCACCCGACAAGUACCAAGCAGCCAAAGCAGAAUUCGACUCACUCGUGCAGCUAGGAAUUUGCAGACCGUCCAGUAGCAGUUGGGCCAGCCCGCUGCAUAUGGUUAAAAAGGCUGAUGGUUCCUGGCGUCCGUGCGGUGAUUAUCGGUCCCUCAACGCGCGUACCACCCCUGACCGGUAUCCAUUGCCUUAUCUACAAGACUUCACGAUGCAACUGGGAGGAAAAACCGUUUUCUCAAAGGUGGAUCUACAGAAAGCCUACCACCAGAUCUCCAUCCAUCCA